AUGUCAGAUUACGAAGCUCUUUUGCAAUUCAACAGAGAGCGUGUGUCGCUCGAGAUGGUGAAUUUUCUGGCAGCAACGACUUCGUCAAUUAUUCAAACGAAAGAGAGCAGUAGCGAUGUGCAAGCAACUUUCAAACGCACGCCAAGGCUGGUUGAUUUCAUAAAGGGACUCGUUUCGCAAUCGAAUGUGCAAACGCCGACUCUGAUGUCGACCGCCGUGUAUUUGGCCAGACUGCGUGCGAUUAUCCCGGGAAGCGUCUACGGUAUCGAAUCGACCCGCCACAGGAUUUUUCUUGGGUGUCUGAUAAUAGCAGCCAAGAGCUUGAACGACUCAUCGCCUCUCAACAAACACUGGGCUUCGUACACAGGUGGACUUCUCGAUGUGCGUGACGUGAAUACUAUCGAACGCGAACUUCUGGAAUAUUUUGACUGGAACCUCCAAAUAACGACACGCGACCUUUUGACCUGUCUGGCACCCUUCUUACAACCGAUCAAAGAGCAACUCGUCUUUCAAAAACAGCAAAGCCUCAUAUUCAAUCCUGCACUUUCUGAUUAUUUCGGCAUCAAAACAAAACCAGAGGCUCACAGUCGCUCCUCAAGCAACAUGUCAAUUCCUUCCUUGGCAUCUACGGCUACACUGUCCAGCAUAUCUUCCAUGGAGUCUAGAAGAACACCACUUUUGGCAAACACUUCAAGGACAAUGCAAUGCAUAGCAGAGGAGACCUCAGAGCACGAAAUUCAAAACCGUACCAAGCCUCAGCUCAUAUCAAGUGCCCUUGAUUCUCAUGGCAAAAAUGCCUCAGAUUCAAGUCUAAAAGUUGCAGGAUCGAAACGUGCACCAGAUAGAUUAACGCGGCCGAUCAUCUUGAAAACAGGAUUAUCAAAACCUGUCCACGAAACGCAUAUCACCACCACUACUAAAAAAUUUGGUCUGCGAUCGAACUGGACUUCUAUCUUCAAGUGA